AUGUUAUGACUAGUAUGACGACAUCUUACCACAGCUUACAAAAUAUGCCCUGACGAUUGCCAAAAAAGAACAAUUGGCGAGUUUUCAGAGCCCUACACAAAUGACGAUUAAUUAAGACGAGCCAGAAUUCAUAUUCGAGCACUACUGCUACUCUAUCUCUUUACUCAUGGAGGUGAAAUACCUUAUCCUCCACCAUAGGCCUCAACCAACAGCAACAGAGAGGUCGUCACUUUAUAGCGGUUACAACAAAAGAAUACUAGAACAGACAUUUGGUGGCGUGGUUAAUCUAAAUAAUCUUCCUGAACAGCUACAGGUCAUAAGCUUUACUUUGAAUGGGAGGAAGUGCUUGGUGCAUAAUCCUGAUACAAAAACAACGCUGAAUGAAUGGAUUCGAAGCCAACCGGGCUUGAAAGGGACCAAGGUGAUGUGUAAGGAGGCCGGGUGCGGAGUUUGUGUCGUCGCUGUUAAAAGAAAAGACCCCAGAACGGGACAUUACGUCACAAAGGCUGUUAAUUCGUGUCUCUGCCCAUUAUACACAAUCAAUGGGAGCGAUAUACUGACCACAGAGGGCAUAGGGAAUCGUUUGAGUGGCUUCCACGUGAUCCAGAAGAGACUUGCUGAACACAAUGGCAGUCAGUGCGGAUUCUGCUCUCCAGGCAUGGUCAUGAACAUGUACAGUUUGUUAAAAGAAGAUAUCAAACCAAGUAAAGACAAGAUUGAGGAGAGCUUCGAUGGCAACAUUUGUCGCUGCACAGGUUACCGCCCUAUUCUGGAUGCGAUGAAGUCAUUCGCCGCUAACGCAGAUCCUAUCGAUAUCGAAGAGUUGGAUAGGUGUGCUAGCAACUCUAACAACUUUUCGUGCAGCCAGAACCCUGUCCCAUGUAACACCGCGGGCAUCAAGUGGUAUGCUGCCCACUCGCUAGCAGAGCUGUAUGCCUUGCUGGAUCACCAUAGCAACGACAACGUAAGGAUGAUGGCUGGAAACACUGGCAAAGGAAUUUUCAAGGAUGAAGGGCCUGUCAGUGUUUAUAUUGAUAUCAACGAUGUGCCCGAGCUACAGAAGCACCUGGACCUCGAUGGUUAUUUUGUUGUCGGCGGAGGCGUGUCUCUGACGUCACUCAUGGCGAUAGCUGAUAAAAAUACCAAAAAGUCAGCGGUCUUCCCAGUACUGAGUCAACAUCUCAGAGUGUUUGGCAACACGCCAGUCAGAAAUCUUAGCACCAUCGCUGGUAACCUGAUGCUGGCACACGACCAUUCCAACUUCCCGUCUGAUCUCGUGACAAUCAUGUCAGCCAUCGGGGGAUUGGUUAUCGUCGGUAAAAGCAUUGCUCACAGCAAGUCAAAUUCAAGGCAUCUUACGAGAGAUCUAGCAGGAGGCGCACCUAUCUCCAUUGUAAACAUGAAAGAUUUCCUCUCUCUUAACAUGCACAGGAAGGUGUUGCUGGCACUUGCUAUCCCCAAGCUGUCGGACGACUUUGUCGUGAGAUCGUAUAAAAUCACGCCUCGGUCUCAGAAUGCGCAUGCGUAUGUGAAUGGUUGUCUAUCGAUGCCCGUGAACCGGAAAACCAUGAUGAUCACCAGCAAGCCAAAAAUCGUGUUUGGAGGAAUUAGACUCAACUUUUUGCAUGCAACUAAAACAGAGGAGUUUCUUUUAAACAAAAGACUAACCAACCCCAACACUUUAAAAGGAGCCUUGGAGAUUUUGGAUGAAGAGAUUGUCCCCGACCCAGAAUUCAUUGCGCACAAUGGCAGUACGGUGGAGUAUCACAAGAACCUCACCAAGUCGCUGUUCUACAAGUUUUACGUUGCAGCGCUUGGCUCAGAUGCCUCUUCUCGGGUUCGUUCGGCAGCAGGGAAAAUCCUCCACGAGAGAGCAGUAUCCAGCGGACGGCAGAGCUUCGACACAAAGCCUGCACGUUACCCAGUCUCCAAGCCAAUCCCGAAACUCGCCUCAAAGCUACAGGCAUCUGGAGAAGCACAGUAUACCGAUGAUAUUCCAUUUGUUGGCGGAGAGUUGCACGCGGCCUUUGUUAUAAGUACUCUGGGGAACUGCAAACUCGACCAAAUUGAUACAUCUGAAGCUAUGAAAAUGCCUGGUGUGGUUCGCUUUAUUGACGCUAAAGAUAUCCCAGGAGAUAACUAUUAUGGCAACGCUUUCAUCCCGGGACCGCGUGAAGGGGUGUUUUGUGAGAGGGAUGUCCUCUACCCGGGCCACGCCUUAGGCGUAAUUAUAGCAGACACACAGCGUCACGCGGAUGAAGCAGCGGUAGCAGUAAAGAUCGCUUACAAAGACGUCAAGCCGCCAAUCCUUUCGAUUCAGGACGCUAUCAAAGCUAAAUCAUUUGCGGAAAAGUGUCCUUGGGUUAGAGACAUAAACGUUGGUGACGUACAAGCGGUUUUCAAGACAUCUGAUCACGUCAUCAGCGGGCAAAUAUCAGCUGGAGGGCAGCACCACUAUCACAUGGAGACACAGGUUGCUUUGAGUAUCCCGGAUGAGGACGGCAUGAAGGUGUACAGCGCUUGUCAGGGUCCGGGUAUGGUGCAAUCAGCGGUGGCACGAGUGCUAGGGAUACCAGCUAGCCACAUUGAUGUGAUCACCAGGCGACUUGGCGGAAGUUUUGGUGGCAAAGCCUCAAGAGCCAAUCACAUUGCUUGUGCGUGCGCGCUUGCAGCCAAAGUGAUUGACAGGCCGGUGAGAUUGAAUAUGAACUUCAACACUCAGCUGACCAUGUGCGGUGGAAGACAUUCACAUAUGGCAAAGUACAAGGUCUCGUUUGACGAUAAGGGUGUCUUGCUAGCGGUCGAGCUGGACUGCUACUCCGACACAGGAUGUACGCCUGAAGACAGCGACCUCUCGGGACUCAUGGGCCACUGGGAUAACCUUUAUUUUUGCCAAAACUGGAAGAUCCGCCACACUGCGUGCCUUACCACAAAGUCAUCCAGGACGUGGUGCAGGGCUCCAGGUCGUAUACAGGCCGUGUUUUUCAUUGAGUCCAUCAUGGAGCAUGUGGCGCGCAAGUUGAACAAGACGCCCGAGGAAGUUCGAGAGAUCAAUCUGUACAGAAAAGGACAGAUAACCCCGCUUGGAUAUACAAUUCCUUAUUGCAACAUCAGGCGUUUGUGGAAAGAGCUCCAACAGUCGGCAGAGUUUGCAAAAAGAAAAGUUGAAGUUGAAAGUUUCAAUAAGGCGAAUCGUUGGCGCAAGCGAGGUUUGGCAUUGUGCCCCGGUAAAUUCAACAUAGAUCCGCAAACCCAAACGUUCACAGUGCUGGUAACAGUCUACAAGGCGGACGGGACGGUGGCCGUGACGCAUGGCGGGAUAGAGAUGGGCCAAGGCAUCAACGUCAAGGUAGCACAAGUCGCCGCCCGCACUCUGGGAAUACCAAUGGAGAAAGUCACCAUUAAACAAAACACUACGCACGUCUCGCCGAACGGUUCAAUCACGGGAGGGAGUAUAACAAGCGAUCUUUGCUGCAAGGGUACCAUGGAAGCGUGUGAGAUAUUAAACAGGCGUUUGGUCCCUGUCAAAGAACAGAUGAAGAAGGCGCCAUGGCCGCAAAUGAUCGCGUCUGCCGCACUGCAAAAGGUCGACCUGUCAGUCAAACACAUGGCGUCAAACACAAUAGCGGGAUUUUACGUGUCUUACGGUGUGGCGCUGGCUGAGGCUGAAAUCGAUGUGCUGACGGGAGAACGCUUAAUCAAACGCUGUGACAUUCUGUUCGAUUGUGGCGAAAGCAUUAACCCAGAUGUAGACGUAGGCCAGGUGGAGGGAGCCUUCAUGAUGGGCGUUGGUUUGUGGCUUCACGAGAAGCAGUACUUCGACCAUCACACGGGACAGGAGCUAUCCACAGGGACAUGGACAUACAAGCCGCCGACCACGAAAGACAUCCCCAUAGACUUCCGAGUGGCAUUGCUGAAAGACGCACCUAACCCUCUGGGCGUGUUAAACUCCAAAGCGUCGGGCGAACCCCCCGCAACUAUGGCGUGCUCGUGUCUGUUUGCUGUAAAGCACGCAAUCGAGGCUGCGAGAAAAGAGAUUGGUAAAGACCAGCACUUCACGCUCGACGGUCCGGCGACAGUUGAACACAUCCAGCUACAUUGCCUCGUAGACCACGCGCAAAUGACUCUUUAGUCACUCUACACGUGCACGCUUUAUACACAUUGACUUCACGCACUAUACACGUUGACUUCACGCACUAUACACGUGGACCGCAUGAACUAUACACGUGAACUGCACGCACUUUACACAUGGGUUGCACGCACUAUACACGUGGACUACACGCACUAUACACGUGGACUGCACGCACUAUACACGUGGACUGCAACGCACUAUACACGUGGACCGCAAGAACUAUACACGUGAACUGCAACGCACAAUACAAGUGGACUACACACACUAUACGUGCGCGGACUGCACUAUACACGUGGACUACAUUCACUAUACACGUGGACUGCGCAGACUAUACACGUGGACUACAUUCACUAUACACGUGGACUGCGCAGACUAUACACGUGGACUACACGCACUAUACACAUGGACUACACGCACUAUACACGUGAACCGCACGUACAAUACACGUGGAAUACAGGCACUAUACACAUGGAAUACACGCACUAUACACGUGGACUGCACGUACAAUACACGUGGAAUACAGGCACUAUACACGUGGACUACACGCACUAUACACAUGGACUACACGCACUAUACACAUGGACUACACGCACAAUACACGUGGAAUACAGGCACUAUACAAGUGGACUACACGCACUAUACACGUGAACCGCACGUACAAUACACGUGGAAUACAGACACUAUACAGGUGGACUGUACGAAUGCGACGGUCUAGACAGUAUAGAGUUAAUCUAGUAGAUCUUAUAUUCAGUAAUACAUAUAUUAUUUAUUCAACUUUAUUAUGUGCUUACAUGAUUUAUGUGAUAUAAUUGACUCUGUGAUUAAAGACGUAUCUCUA